GCAGGGUUACCGCCGCGCCCAUCUCUGCUGUUUGAUGGCCGCAGGAAGCGUCUGAGAUACUGGUGUGAAGGAAGAAACAGGGGGACGACGGUGGGAAAGACAAGAAGGAUUUCAGACUGGAAAUAGGUUGCUCUGAAUUGAAAGAACACUUACAAGUUCGGAAAAGGUGAACUUUUGCAGAAGAAGAAAACGUCUUAAAUUGUGUGUGAAAAAAAUCCCCCCCUCUUCAUCUCUGCGCCUCUGUGCCGGUGUGUGUCUCACCCUCGGCGGAUCGAAAACUGGGAUCGGGGAGUGCCGCUCCUCGAUAGCUCACUGGCUAAAUCUGUGCUAGUAGGAGAGACGAGAGUCGAUCUUUGCUGUUUCCAGUCAAUGUGAUAUAAACGACGGAUACCCUUGAGUGAAAGCGGAUCAGCUAGAGACCAGGCGGCGGAGCGAAGCACAACCUUAGCAGAGGAAAAUGAGCGAAAUCGAUCAGCUACGCACGGAGGCCGAGCAACUCAAGAACCAGAUCAGAGAUGCCAGAAAAGCAUGUGCAGACGCGACCCUCUCUCAGAUCACAGCUAACAUCGAACCCGUUGGCCGAAUUCAGAUGCGCACUCGGCGGACACUCAGGGGGCAUCUGGCUAAGAUCUACGCCAUGCACUGGGGCACUGACUCCAGGCUUUUAGUCAGCGCCUCUCAGGAUGGAAAGCUCAUCAUCUGGGACAGCUACACCACGAACAAGGUCCACGCCAUCCCCCUGCGCUCCUCCUGGGUGAUGACCUGCGCCUACGCGCCCUCUGGGAACUAUGUCGCCUGCGGAGGCCUGGACAACAUCUGCUCCAUCUACAACCUGAAGACCCGUGAGGGCAACGUCCGCGUGAGCCGCGAGCUGGCCGGACACACAGGGUACCUGUCCUGCUGUCGUUUCCUGGAUGACAACGGGAUCGUCACCAGUUCUGGAGACACCACCUGCGCCCUGUGGGACAUUGAGACCGGCCAGCAGACGACCACCUUCGCCGGGCACACCGGCGACGUGAUGAGCCUGUCCCUGGCGCCCGACACCCGGCUGUUUGUGUCCGGGGCGUGCGACGCGUCCGCCAAGCUGUGGGACGUCAGAGAAGGAAUGUGCAGACAGACCUUCACUGGCCACGAGUCGGACAUCAACGCCAUCUGUUUCUUCCCCAACGGCAACGCCUUCGCCACGGGCUCUGACGACGCCACCUGCCGGCUGUUCGACCUGCGCGCCGACCAGGAGCUGAUGGUGUACUCCCACGACAACAUCAUCUGCGGCAUCACCUCCGUGGCGUUCUCCAAGAGCGGCCGCCUGCUGCUCGCCGGCUACGACGACUUCAACUGCAACGUGUGGGACACCCUCAAGGCCGACCGCGCAGGCGUGUUGGCUGGCCAUGACAACCGCGUCAGCUGCUUGGGAGUGACCGACGACGGGAUGGCCGUGGCAACGGGCUCCUGGGACAGCUUCCUCAAGAUCUGGAACUAGAGCGGAGAGAUGGCCUCCGGACUACAACGGCUGAGCGGAAGACCAUUCCAACAUUACAACGUUAGAUUUUAUUGCAUAUCCAAUCUUCUCAAAAAAAAAUACCACAAUACUGACUCCA